UUCAGAGGACCGCAGUGGGGCGGGGCUGCCUCCGUCUGGCCAUCGGCUGCCUGCGAAACGCGGACCGGGAGACGCCUCAGGAGAAGCCACGCUAGUAGUUCCGCUCCGAGGGCGGAAGUGCGCGUCUUUGUCUGUGCGGCCGACCAGCUAGCGACAUGGUGGCACCCGUGCUGGAGACUUCUCAUGUGUUUUGCUGCCCAAACCGGGUGCGGGGAGUCCUGAACUGGAGCUCUGGGCCCAGAGGACUUUUGGCCUUUGGCACGUCCUGCUCUGUGGUGCUUUAUGACCCCCUGGUAAGAGAGGUCGCUGGACGCAAGAUCCUUGUGCUUUUGAGGUUUGAACCUGUGGACGUGCUCCGGCGGCGCUAUAGUUGCCGUUCCAGACCGAGGAGAAAAGAGUUGUUGUUACCAACCUCAAUGGUCACACCUCCCGAGUCAAUUGCAUACAGUGGAUUUGUAAACAGGAUGGCUGCUAACUGGCUGGAGACUAGAAUGUUUAUUUUUUUUAGAGACAGGAUCUCACUUGUCCCAAGCUGGAAUGCAGUGGCUCCCUCAGAGUUCCCUGCAGUAGCAGGGACCACAGCCCCUUCUACUGAAUUAGUUUCUGGAGGAUCUGAUAAUCAGGUGAUUCACUGGGAAAUAGAGGAUAAUCAGCUUUUAAAAGCAGUCUAUCUUCAAGGCCAUGAAGGACCUGUUUAUGUGGUGCAUGCUGUUUACCAGAGGAGGACAUCAGAUCCUGCAUUAUAUACACUGAUUGUUUCUGCAGCUGCAGAUUGUACUGUUCGACUCUGGUCUAAAAAGGGUUCAGAAGUAACGUGCCUUCAGACUUUAAACUUUGGAAAUGGAUUUGCUCUGGCUCUCUGCUUGUCUUUUUUGCCAAAUACUGAUGUACCAAUAUUAGCAUGUGGCAAUGAUGAUUGCAGAAUUGACUUAUUUGCUCAACAAAAUGAUCAGUUUCAGAAAGUGCUUUCUCUCUCUGGACAUGAGGAUUGGAUUAGAGGAGUGGAAUGGGCAGCCUUUGGUAAAGAUCUUUUCCUAGCAAGCUGUUCACAAGAUUGCCUGAUAAGAAUAUGGAAGCUGUAUAUAAAGUCAACAUCUCUAGAAACUCAGGAUGAUGAUAACAUAAGACUGAAAGAAAAUACUUUUACUGUAGAAAAUGAAAGUGUUAAAAUAACCUUUGCUGUUUCUCUGGAGACAGUGCUAGCUGGUCAUGAAAACUGGGUAAAUGCAGUUCACUGGCAACCUGUGUUUUACAAAGAUGGUGUUCUACAGCAGCCAAUGAGAUUAUUGUCUGCUUCCAUGGAUAAAACCAUGAUUCUCUGGGCUCCAGAUGAAGAGUCAGGAGUUUGGCUAGAACAGGUUCGAGUAGGUGAAGUCGGUGGGAAUACUUUGGGAUUUUAUGAUUGCCAGUUCAAUGAGGAUGGCACCAUGAUCAUUGCUCAUGCUUUCCACGGAGCGUUGCAUCUUUGGAAACAGAAUACAGUUAACUCAAGAGAGUGGACUCCAGAGAUUGUCAUUUCAGGACACUUUGAUGGUGUCCAAGACUUAGUCUGGGAUCCAGAAGGAGAAUUUAUUAUCACUGUUGGUACUGAUCAGACAACUAGACUUUUUGCUCCAUGGAAGAGAAAAGACCAAUCACAGGUGACUUGGCAUGAAAUUGCAAGACCUCAGAUACAUGGGUAUGAGCUAAAAUGUUUGACAAUGAUUAAUCGGUUUCAGUUUGUAUCUGGAGCAGACGAAAAAGUUCUUCGGGUUUUUUCUGCACCUCGGAAUUUCGUGGAAAAUUUUUGUGCCAUUACAGGACAAUCACUGAAUCAUGUGCUUUGUAAUCAAGAUAGUGAUCUUCCAGAGGGAGCUACUGUUCCUGCUUUGGGAUUAUCAAAUAAAGCUGUCUUUCAGGGAGAUAUAGCUUCUCAGCCUUCUGAUGAAGAGGAGCUGUUAACUAGUACUGGUUUUGAGUAUCAGCAGGUGGCCUUUCAACCUUCCAUACUUACUGCGCCUCCCACUGAGGAUCAUCUUCUGCAGAAUACUUUGUGGCCUGAAGUUCAAAAACUAUAUGGGCAUGGUUAUGAAAUAUUUUGUGUUACUUGUAACAAUUCAAAGACUCUGCUUGCCUCGGCUUGUAAGGCAGCUAAGAAAGAGCAUGCAGCUAUCAUUCUUUGGAACACUACAUCUUGGAAACAGGUGCAGAAUUUAGUUUUCCACAGUUUGACAGUCACGCAGAUGGCCUUCUCACCUAAUGACAAGUUCUUACUAGCUGUUUCCAGAGAUCGAACCUGGUCAUUGUGGAAAAAGCAGGAUACAAUCUCACCUGAGUUCGAGCCAGUGUUUACUCUUUUUGCCUUCACCAACAAAGUUACUUCUGUGCAUAGUAGAAUUAUUUGGUCUUGUGACUGGAGUCCUGAUAGCAAGUAUUUCUUCACUGGGAGUCGAGACAAAAAGGUGGUUGUCUGGGGUGAGUGCGACUCCACUGAUGACUGUAUUGAGCACAACAUUGGCCCCUGCUCCUCAGUCCUGGACGUGGGUGGGGCUGUGACAGCUGUCAGCAUCUGCCCGGAGCUCCAUCCUUCUCAACGAUAUGUGGUUGCAGUAGGAUUGGAGUGUGGAAAGAUUUGCUUAUACACCUGGAAAAAGACUAAUCAAGUUCCAGAAAUAAAUGACUGGAUCCGCUGUGUAGAAACAAGCCAAAGCGAAAGUCAUACACUUGCUAUCAGAAAAUUAUGCUGGAAGAAUUGCAGUGGAAAAGCUGAACCGAAGGAAGCAGAAGGUGCCAAGUGGUUAUACUUUGCAAGCUGUGGUGAAGAUCACACUGUGAAGAUAUACAGAGUCAAUAAAUAUGGACUGUAACUGACUUAAUAACUAUAUGCUGUCAGUCACUUGUAUCUUAAAAUAUUAUUAUGUAAAUAGAUCAUCUUUAUCUUCA